UAGAGUACUUUGCGCAUGCGUGUGGCGGUUGUAUCUUAAGUUAGCAUUGCUCUACAACAUGUCAGAAAAAGGAGAGGUAGAUUUAACUGGUGCCAAGCAGAAUACUGGUGUUUGGCUCGUGAAAGUGCCAAAAUACCUCUCUCAGCAAUGGGCAAAAGCAACAGGAAGAGGCGAGGUCGGGAAAAUCCGAAUUUGCAAAAAAGGAAACCAAGGAAAGCCAGAGGUGUCUUUCACCUUGAAUGAAGAACUGACUACUAUCGAAGGGAUCGAAGAUAAGACGGUGUCUGCACCUCGCGAACAUCCUUUUACCAUGCAGUCAGUGGGGGGUCAGAUGCUGGCGGUCUUCACAGAGAAUUCAUCUGGCCAGUCAGAAGAAAGAUCUGAUGGCAGCAACUCAGGUUCGGGGGCAGGGGCAGGUCCAGAUAAAAUAGCCCUGGAAGGAGUGGUGGUGCAGAGAGCAGAAUGCAGACCUGCUGUUAGUGAAAGCUACAUGAAAUUAAAGAGGUUACAAAUUGAAGAGUCUUCCAAACCAGCAAGGUUGUCUCUGCAGUUGUCGAAACCCGUCACCACCAACUACAAACCUGUGGCCAACCACGAAUACAAUCGUGAAUACGAGAGGAAAAAGAAGGAGGAUGGCAAGAGAGCGAGGUCUGACAAGCAGCAGGUGUUGGACAUUUUGUUUUCUGCAUUUGAGAAGCACCAGUAUUACAACAUCAAAGACCUGGUAGACAUCACCAAACAGCCUGUGACAUACCUGAAGGAAAUCUUGCGUGAUAUUGGCAUCUACAACGUAAAGGGAACACACAAGAACACGUGGGAACUUAGGCCGGAGUACAGACAUUACCAGGCUGAGGAAAAAACUGAUGAAUAGGGUUUUUAUUUAUUUACUUUAUUAGGAAACGGGUUGACUUUGAACUGCCUCGAGUGUCUUCACACCAGCAUUCAAGAUGGGAGGUUUACAUCCCCAUGUUCUUGUUUUGUCAAAGCUUCAGUACACGAGGCCCUCAGCUUGACUUCCAUUGGAGAAUUAGAUUUAUAACUUGGCUCCUCUUGAUUUCAUUUAUUUUUGUGUAUUAAAAACUAGUAUUUUGAGUGUGGGUAAUUAACUGUGUAGGAUGUGACACAGGUAAGGAGUUUUAGCCAGGUAUGACUUGGAGGGAUCACAUCUGCACUGGAGAUUUUACUGGAUUUCAAGUGUUUGUACAAGUUACUUAUGUAAUAAAGUUGUUUCAAUGGAGCAA